AUCUGGGCUGAGAUUAAGGAAAUGUGGGAUGGAGGCUUCACCGAGUAUGUGCACGAUUGGUGGAACCUGAUGGACUUUGCCAUGAACUCGCUCUACCUGGCCACCAUCUCCCUGAAAAUCGUGGCCUACAUCAAGUACAACAGCUCACGUCCGCGGGAGGAGUGGGAGAUGUGGCACCCGACUCUGAUUGCCGAGGCCCUCUUCGCCAUCGCCAACAUCUUCAGCUCGCUGCGGCUCAUCUCGCUGUUCACGGCCAACUCGCACCUGGGCCCACUGCAGAUCUCACUGGGCCGCAUGCUGCUUGACAUCCUCAAGUUCCUCUUCAUCUACUGCCUGGUGCUGUUGGCCUUCGCCAACGGUCUCAACCAGCUCUAUUUCUACUACGAGACCAAGGCAUCGGACGAGCCAAACCACUGCAAGGGCAUCCGCUGCGAGAAGCAGAACAACGCCUUCUCCACGUGAGUCCUGACCUGGCAGGCUUCAGCAGAGCCUUCCAAUGAUACUGAUGACCAAACUGCUUCACUGUCUAACACCUGUGUGUGAAUUUCACAGAUGACCUUCAGCUGAAGGCCAGUUAUUUACAUCAUUACAUCACUCGU